GGUGCUGGAAUAGGGAUUAGGGUCGGAUGAAGAAGGCGGGAAUUUAGUUCUUUUCCAAUCAGUUAUCGGUCUCGCCCUAUGGUGGCUCCAGACAGCAGGCCGAUUUACAGUGAUUACUGGCUUGCUCCAAGACCAGCACUGACUGUCGCCACGUCGGGGGCAGCGGGAAGGGUUCCAAAUGGGGGAGGAGAGUAGCGGGAGCACGGUGCAUCUGCUGUGCCUUGCAUCCUCCAGCGGGGUCCCCCUGUUCUGCAGGAGCAGCCGUGGCGGCUCCCCCGCCCGUCAGCAGCUCCCGUUCUCUGUCAUCGGCUCUCUCAAUGGAGUCCACAUGUUUGGGCAGAAUCUGGAGGUGCAACUGAAUUCUGCGAGGACUGAGGACACAACUGUGGUGUGGAAAAGCUUCCAUGACAGCAUCACCCUUAUCGUUCUGUCAUCUGAGGAGGGCAUCUCUGAGCUGAGGCUGGAGAGACUACUCCAGAUGGUGUUUGGGGCCAUGGUUCUUUUUGUGGGACUUGAAGAACUGACCAAUAUCCGCAAUGUAGAGAGAGUGAAGAAGGAGUUGAGGGCCAGCUACCACCUUAUUGACAGCUUCCUAGGGGACUCGGAGCUCAUCGGGGACCUGACUCAGUGUGUGGACUGUGUGAUUCCUCCAGAUGGGUCCCUCCUGCAGGAAGCUCUCUCUGGGUUCGCUGAGGCAGUGGGUACAGCCUUCGUCAGUCUGGUGGUGUCAGGCCGGGUGGUGGCAGCAACAGAGGGCUGGUGGCAGCUGGGGACGCCCGAGGCUGUGCUGCUACCUUGGUUGGUGGGGUCCCUACCACAGCAGGCCGCUCGUGAUUAUCCAGUGUACCUGCCACAUGGGAGUCCCACGGUCCCUCACCGGCUCUUGACUCUGACGCUGCUGCCGGGCCUGGAGCUAUGUCUGCUCUGUGGCCCGCACCCACCCCUCAGCCAGCUAUAUCCACAGCUUCUGGAGCGCUGGUGGCAGCCACUGCUGGACCCACUGCGGGCCUGCCUACCUCUGGGAAAUCGAGUCCUGCCUGAUGGCUUCCCCCUGCACAAGGACAUCCUUGGACUGCUGCUUCUCCACAUGGAACUGAAACGUUGCCUCUUUACUGUUGAGCCCUUGGGAGAUAAAGAACCUUCCCCUGAACAGCGCCGGCACCACCUUCGCAACUUUUACACACUGGUCACUGAGACACACUUCUCUCCAGAGCCAGGACCACUAGAGAAGACAGAAGAUGCAGUCCAGGGGGAACAGCUACCCAGAGCCUGCUAUCUGGUGUUGGGGUCCGAGGAACCAGACACAGGGUUGCAUCUGGUGGCCCUGCAGUUGGGGCAUAGGCAGCUGCUGCUCCUGCUGUGUCCUCAGAGCCCCACCCAUGGACUUCGAAACCUGGCCACCCACACGCUGCAUGCCCUCACCCCACUUCUUUGACCACCAGGGAGUGGGCAGCUGGCAACGGACAGACACGGGGCUAUUAGCAUCUCUCUGUUUAUUCGCUCACAAUAAUACACAGCCCCUGGAUGGGGAAGAGGGUAGGAGGGGCUAUAAUGGGGGGGAGGGGAGGAGGCACCCACUUCCCUGGCCCCUCUCCCCUCUGUGCUUGGAGGGGAAAGAGAGGAGGGGACUCCUCCUUACCACCCAAAAUGUAAACAGCAGCAGAUAAACAAAAAUAAAAAUACAAAGGCC